CGCGCGCGCAAUGUUGGAUGAGGAGGGCCUCAGCCUAGAAGAGUACACCCGCCGUUUUCGCGAAAACCCUGGCCAGCGCGAUGCUUUGGAGACGUGGUGGGCGAACCAUCAAACAUGGUUAGAGCAAUCAGGGUAUGCCCUUCGCCCUCGGUACAGAAAGGACUGGGAACCAUCGUGGAAAGGGCAGAGCAAGCGAUCUUAUGAGACCUUUGAAGAUGGUCACAUGAAUCCGUCUCCAGGUCUUCUUGACGCUACGAGACUGAAAGACGGUUUGACCGUGUCACUGAAGCGUCUGGAGGCCGAUAUCAGUCCUUCGGAAGUCGAAGUCGGGCAAUUAUUUUCGUCCGAACCGCUGGCUUCAGAUCCUCGCAACCAUUGUGUGCCCUUCCUCGAUGUUCUUCCAGUACUUGACGAAGAGGGUGAGCGCAUCAUAGUGACACCUUUCCUUCGGGCUUGGGACAAUCCUGCUCUCGAGACAUACGGAGAGGCCGUUGCAUUUCUCAGCCAAGUCUUUGAGGGUAUCCAAUUUAUGCACGAACAUCACGUCUCCCAUCGUGAUUGCACAGCUAAUAACAUCAUGAUGGACCCAUCUUCAAUGUAUCCAGAAGGCUUUCACCCUGUCCAUACGGAUCGUAGGAAAGACUGGAAAGGCAAGGCGAGACACCUCACUCGAACACAAGCUCCUCCCAGAUAUCUCCUGAUCGACUUUGGGCAUGCUCGGCGCUACGAUCCCAAGGACGGACCACCAUUGGAGCUGCCCUUGCGUGGUGGCGACAAGAGCGCCCCCGAGCAUAGCGAGGCGAACUACAACACACCCUGUGAUCCAUUUCCUACCGAUGUUUAUUACCUCGGAAAUUUCAUGCGGGAGGAGCUCAUUCAACGCUAUCGUGGGUUCGAGUUCUUACGUCCUCUCGUCCAAGACAUGGUCAAGACCGAGCCUUCCGAGCGUCCCAAGAUGGACGAGGUUGUUGUUCGUUUCAAGAAAAUUGUGGACUCGCUGAGCUGGUGGAAGCUUCGUUCGCGUAUAGUUGGGAAGAAGGAUUUCUUUGUUCUCACUUUCUUCAGGUUCUGGCCCUAUCUCUUCCGAACUGCAGGAUACGUUGCCACUCGCAAACCCGUUAUCCCGUCUUAAUACCCUUGACACGCAGACUGUCCUAUACCAACAAUCCCGCUACACUCGUUUAUUUCCCCAAAUGUUCUUCCAUUGCUCUGUCACUGCUUGCUAGUGUUGUUGUCGUUCGUUACGCUUUCUUACAUGUUUUCGGCAUUGGUUGUAUUUAGUAGCCACUUUCAUAUUAUCCUAUAUGUGCUCUUCAUGAACAGGUUGCAUCCACGACGCUAUAGGUGAGUGAUCCAGUGUUCGUCCCUCCAGAUGAUCCGCGAGCGAAGCUUCCAGUUGCUGAGGGAUGCGCGUAUGUCUCGAAAGCGCACCACGACAUCGCUAGCUGGGGGCCGCUUCGCAGGAUCUUCUUGCACCAUGUCCGACAGCAGCGAUUCCAUGAAGUCAAAUCCAUAACAUUCGGCCGAAAAUUUUCUGCGAAUCAAGUUGCCGAGAUAAUAAACGUCCGUCGGGAAGGGAUUGCAAGGGACGUCAUAGUUCCUAUGCUCGGGAGCAGUCCUAUCACCACCAUGCACUGGCUUCCGCAAAGGAGGCUGCUCCUCAGGCAUAUAUCGAUGCGAAAGUCCAUAGUCGAUGAAGUAGUACCGGGGACGGCUCAACGUUCGAGUGGUAUACAGCGCGGCCCCUUUCCAAUCUCUACACCGGUCAAUCUGACGUGGAUGGAACGAUUUGGGAUAGAGAUGUGUGGGGUCAAUCAUGACAUUUUCUGCUGUGCAAUCUCCGUGAACAACUCGAUGCUCGUGCAUGAAUUGUAACCCCUCGAAUAAUUGCACGAAGAAUGCAACCGCUUCCCCGAACGUUUGGAACUUCGGGUCGUAAAAUGGCCUCAACAACGGCAUGACCAUGAUUGAUUUUCCGUUGGGACAAUGCAGCUCCUCAAUUAUUGAGACACAAUGGUUCCGAGGAUCAGUGCGCAGGGCCUCAGAACUAAGAAAUUGACCGAUUUGAAGCUCGUCUGCAACGCCGGAACCUCCUCGUUCCAUACGCUUCAGAUAGACGAACGAUCCAUCGGAGACUCGUUGAGCAUCCAUAAGAAGCCCUUGCGAUAAGUACUGUCCAUCCUCGUAGUCGUCAAACCAGACUAUUCUCUUCUCCUUCUUGCCCUCCCAUGAAGGAGCCCAGCCGGGCUGAUAACGAGGACGAAGGAUAUAGCCGCACUGCUCUAGCCAAGGUCUGUAAUGGAUCCACCAGCGUUCCGCCUGAGUAAGUGCCCCAGGAACAUAAUUGUCGAGAUCCUCAGGCUGCUCGACGAACGAUUCAGACAUGCGGACUCCCAAUAGAG